GAAACAUUAACUUGAUGUAAAUGCAACAUCUUACAGCUUCAAAAUAUUAAAAACUAUAUAGAUAGAUUUUUCAAAGUUACAGGGAGCUGAGGAAACAAGUUGGUACAAAAAGAAGGACUUGGACAAUUGGAGGAAAAUUUGGAGGUUGGUUUUCUAGUUAUAGUCGAUUAAAUUCAUGGUUGGCUUUUGUCGGGGCAAAAUGGCAAAAAAACCGAUCAUCACCAAGGUGUUUAAUGAUCCCAUCCAUGGUAGCAUAGAGUUACACCCACUCCUCAUCAAGAUCAUUGACACACCUCAGUUCCAGAGACUUCGAUUCAUAAAGCAGCUUGGAGGUGUCUACUUUGUUUACCCUGGAGCGUCUCACAACCGCUUUGAACACUCGAUCGGGGUGGGAUACUUAGCAGGAAAACUUGCUGAGGCUCUCAGGUCAAGGCAGCCGGAACUCAAAUCACUGACAGAGACGUCCUUUGUGUUCAGAUUGCUGGCCUCUGUCAUGACCUGGGUCAUGGACCCUUUUCCCAUCUGUAUGAUGGAAUGUUCCUCCCCAAAGCACUGGAAAAAAAGAGAAAAAAAGGGAAAUUGGGAGAAAAGGAAAAAUUGGAGGAAUGGAAGCAUGAAAAGGGCUCUUGUGACAUGCUAGACCACCUGCUGAAAGAGAAUAAUCUUAAACCAGUGAUGGAGAAGUAUGGACUGAAACCUGAAGAAGACAUAACAUUCAUCAAGGAGAUGAUUGCUGGACCUCUACAGGAAUCUGAAGGGCAGAAGGCAAGUUCACCUCAUUAUGUUAUUCAGAAGUCGGAUAAGAUACUGUAUGAAUAUAAGAUAAGAGAAGAUAAAACUUUAUUCAUCCUACAACGGGCAGCAAAGAGCAAAGAUAGACAAAA